GAGCUAUGAAUAGUCAAUAUAGUACUGCAUAUAAGUCAGUUCCCUAUAAACUAGUAUUUGGACAACUUCCGCACUGUGACACAAAUUUAGUUAAUUUACUUGAAAAUAAUAAUUAUCUUCACACAUCAGAUGAAGAGUCGAGUUCAUCAUCAGACAGUUUAACUCUGUCUUCUGAAACAGAUUCUCAACUAACCAUUAUAUCAGAAUUUAAUAAUAAUAUAAAAAACUCUGAAAUUGAUCCAUUUUAUUUUGAAGAAACAUGA